AAACAAAGGGAAAAAGUGAACGCAAAGAUAGAAAAGAAAUAGAAGGAAAUUGCAGAGCCGUUUUGAUGGCUAAUAUAUAUACAAUAAAUGUGGAAUUUAAAGCUUCGGAAUUCUGUGGAAGGAAAUGAUGCCUUCGUAUUCUUCUGACUGCGUUGAAGGUGGCGAUCUUGGCGAACAGUACUAGGCUACUAUGGGAACAAGAAUGUGUCUGUGGAGGGGCACUGUGGGAAGAGAAGUGUAGCGGUGCUGCCAUUGAACGGGGACAGUUGGAAAGCCUUUCUUGUCACCUCCCAUUCACACUCUCCCAUUCAUUCACAUUCAUUCUCCUCGUUGCUUUCCUGCGGUCUGCUUCCUUCCUCCGUUUGCUUCUUCCUCUGCCUCCUUCCUUUCGCUUUACAGAUAGUCGGUGGCGUAGAGACAAAGCGCGUGAAAGGGAGAGGAUGCAGCGGCGCAGGUCGACGCCGGCCGGCAUCUCGACGCUGCGGUGGGCGCUAACGUGCGCCAUCGGAGCUGUCGCUGUCGGUGCGCUGGUGGCCGUCCACGUGUUCCUCCUCCCCUCCGCCGCCGUCCCCGACGCCUUCAAGCUCCCCAAGCAACGUGAGAUUGGAUACCGGCGAAAGGCUAACGAGCUCGGCUGGACCCAGGAAAUCGCGCCUCCCCAACUCGCCAAGCUUCGGAUUUCCACUCAGAAGGUGGGCAUCACGAUGUUAGAUUCUUGGUUCGCGAAGUUGUGGAAGCCUCCGGCAAAUCGUAAUUUUGUGCCCUGUGUCGCUCCCAGUUCAUCUUUUCUGCCUCCUUCUCAAUCGAGGGGCUACUUGCUAGUUCAUGCCAAUGGUGGGUUAAACCAAAUGCGAGCUGGGAUAUGUGACAUGGUAGCCGUUGCACGAUUGAUUAAUGCCACACUUGUUAUUCCUCAACUUGAUAAAAGAUCGUUUUGGCAAGAUUCUAGCAAUUUCUCUGACGUUUUUGAUGAAGAACAUUUCAUCCACACCUUGGCCGAUGAUGUCGAAGUUGUAAAGAAACUACCAAAAGAACUGAUGACAGCUGCAAAAGCAGUAAUACAUUUUCGAAGCUGGUCAGGACUAGAUUACUAUCAAGAUGAGAUAUCACACGUGUGGGAUAAAUAUCAGGUUAUCAAAGCUGCCAAGUCAGAUUCACGUCUUGCAAACAAUAACCUUCCUCCUGACAUUCAAAAACUUCGUUGCCGUACUUUUUAUGAGGCUCUCAGAUUUGCUCCACGGAUUGAGGCACUAGGAAAAUUAUUGGUGGAGAGAAUGAGGUCUUACGGUCGAUAUAUUGCUUUGCACUUGCGUUAUGAAAAGGACAUGCUUGCUUUUAGUGGGUGCACGUAUGGCUUGUCUUCGGUUGAAUCUGAUGAAUUGGCAAGAAUUAGAGAGAACAUUUCAUAUUGGAAGGUUAAAGAAAUUGAUCCCCAAGAACAAAGGGCCAAAGGGUAUUGUCCAUUGACCCCAAAGGAGGUUGGAAUCUUUCUUUCUUCUCUUGGAUAUCCAUCAAAUACUCCAAUAUAUGUUGCAGCAGGGGCGAUAUAUGGAGGCGGCUCUCAUUUGUCUGAUCUAGAAUCUCGCUUUCCCAUUUUAUUAAGCAAGAAAGGAUCUUGUUCAGCUGUUUGAUAAGAUCAAUCGAGGAUCUCUCAAAGAGGGGAAGAAGUUAUCAAAUAUUAUUGUAGAGAUUCAUAAGAGACGGCAAGGUUCUCCCCGCAAAAGGAAAGGUCCCAUUCCUGGCACGAGGGGUGUGGAAAGGUUUCGGUCCGAAGAAGCAUUCUAUGAGAACCCUCUGCCAGAUUGUUUGUGCCAGCAGGAACACGAAGAGUUCGAUAACUCACCUGUGCAUAGAUAAAUUGGUAUACACCGAAGCCCCGUAUAGAGCAUCAUG